AUGGAUCAACCACAAAGGAAAAAAAGAAGUGUGACACUGAUAAGGGGAAACCUGAAAAACAAAGGGGAUUUGGAAAUUGAAUUUGAUGAGCUAGGCCAAAAUAUCGGAGAGACCCAAUCUCAGUUUAGCAAUUAUUGUGGAGUCAUGGUAAGGACGAGGAUUUCUAUCCUCAUAUUGCGUUGGGAUGAAGUUCCUAAGGCUGAAAUCGAUGAAUUGUGGUUAAACAUUAAGGCUUACAAGAGCACGCUUGUUAAUGACUACCUAAAGAAGGGUAGAAAUCCGGUACCUGAAUAUCCAUACCUAGAUGAGCCUACAUGGAACGCUUUUGUUCAACUCAAAACAUCACCGAGCUUCCAGGAAAUAAGCAAAAAAGCUACAGCGACUGCAAAGUUGAAUAAGUAUCCGCCUCGGAUAGGCCCACGUGGUUAUCGUGGUAUGAAACCUCAAUGGGAAAAAGAGAUGGAGUCUGGCGAGUCAACGGAGUUCCUUAAUAUAAGAAGUGAACGUGCAAGGAAUUUUAUCUUUACUAGGUUAAAACGUGAUCCCACAGGGAUAUACUCGUUACCAACUGAUCUACUCCUUGGAUUUAAUUACCCUUGCAAAUUUAUUUGGACUAACAGAUUGAAAAAGAUACCCAAUUAUCUCAUGGAGAUUAGUUUCCUGGACCUGGAGCCGAUGUGCUUACAGAGGAAGAGCCAUGAUAAAUAUAUCUUGGAUGAUAUUAAGGAGAAGAUAAAGAUCGAGGUGGAGGCUAUGAUGGAGGCCAAAAUGGAAGCCAAGAUAGAAGAGAUGAAUGCUCAGAUGGAAGAGAUGAAAACAUAUAUGCAACAGUUUCUCUCAAAGAAUGAAGGCAUGCACAUUACCAAUCCGAUGUUGAAGAAAAAUAGUGUCAUCUCGACUGUAUCAGAUGAGUUGGAUGGGAUAAAGACUCCUACUGCUUGCGAGUUAGUGAUACCAUACGACGCGAUGAACCAGAAAUAUGCAAAAGGGAUGGUCUUUCCAUAUGGGAAUGGAAAAAUACAUCCAGUUCCUUUAAAUGCAAAUCAUUUUAGGGUAUCCAUAGACAAGAUCUAUGACCAAUAUGAUUGUAUCCCUCUUCCCGUCUCGACUGAAGAAGUGAGUAAGUUGUGUGAGGCGCUUCAUGGUAUAGUUCAGUGGCCAAGGAAUGCAAUUAAGAUCAUUCAGCAACCUCGCAUAACCAAGAGUGUGCCAAUAAUCUCGAAGGGUGUUAUGAAGAAGACCAAGCCAGCAAAGGAAAGUUUGAUACCACAUAAUUCUAAUAAACAAGUCGACCUAAAAAAAAUGCCCCUUCUCAUGAAAAGAAUGUAUAGACGUUUGAUAAAUCGUGAUGCGAUUUAUGUUGAAGCCGAACCCGGGAUCCUUGGAGCUUAG